AUGCCGCGGGACAACAAAACUCCUCUUAUCCAGAAAAUAGCAAAGCAAGCCUACGUCACCUUUAAAUGCUUAAAAUCUUCGGCCAACGGGGAGAAUAAGCUCGUUGCGGACCAACAUAAUGAACUAAUCUCCUUAAUGACCGCGGUCAGGGCUGCUGACCUGAAAAUUGCUCCCCGGAAAACCAAACGGAGCUCCGGGGCAGCGGGGCUCCACAACCCCCCGGUCACCUACAUGCACAUUUGCGAGACGGAGGUGUUCAGCAUGGGGGUGUUCCUUCUGAGGACCGGCGCCUCCAUACCGCUGCACGACCACCCGGGCAUGAACGGGAUGCUGAAGGUUCUCUACGGGAAGGUGAGCGUCCGCUGUUUUGACAAGCUGGAGGAUACCCUGACAGUCAGCACCGUCCCACCUGAUUUCGAGCCUGCGUUGGCUCCGUCCCAGAUGGCCUCCCAGUGGCGCUCCGUGCUCCGCUCCGUCGUCGAGUACUCGGAGAACAGCGGACCAUGCCUUCUUACUCCUCUGCGGGAUAACCUCCACCAGAUCGACACAGUGGAGGGGCCGGCUGCUUUCCUGGAUAUCCUGGCACCUCCGUACAAUCCAGAUGACGGGCGGGACUGUCACUAUUACAAAGUCCUGCAGACUGUGGCAGAGGGGGAAACGGAUGAAAAGAGCAACGAAGAGCAGCAGGGAGAGGAGAAGGAGAAAGAAGACGUGGCAUGGCUGCUAGAAAUCCCUCAGCCAGAGGACUUCUGGUGUGGUGGGGAACCCUACCCAGGCCCUGCGGUUUCUUUCUGAAUGAAACCUCUGAUCAGAGGAACUAUUCUGCCAUAUAUGACAAUGAUAAAAUAUUCAUAUCUUUCCAUCCACAAGGGGAGACAUAGUUUUUUCCCCUGUCGGUCAUUAUUACCUGGGACUCAAAGGGAUCUGUUGUUGCCUUGCUCAGGGAUGCUACAGCAGGGCAGAGGCUUAUAGAAACAGGGACUUCAACUCUGACACCCUACAGAGAAUAGGGACCAAUGAACUGCCUUCCACAAAUUGACAAUAAUCUCGUCAGUACUGAGAAAAGAGUUGACACAAGGAAUUUGCAUUCCUAAUAUGGUAUAUUUUCUUUGGACCAUUAUGUUGCCUUGUACACACAUGAAUGUCUUUAGCCAAAUGUUCUGUAAAUGGCGAGGUGUCAUUAGGAUCUCUAUCUUCACAUUGAGGACUUUCACAUUGUGACGUGUCUUAAUGCCAAAAUCUGGGGCUCAACACUGACCUGCCUUAUUUGCUCUACACAAAUAAGGCAGGUCAGUGCUGAGCCCCACAAUGGAAUGUAUACUUAUUAAGAGUGCCAUUUCUAUUGUAAACACUCAUUUCUAUUUCCAAAGUACACACACUACAUUAUAUAGUCUAGUCUAAUUGUAUUUUGUGUUUAACUUAUUCCAGAUUAGAUGGUUCUUAACAGCUCUGGUCAGUUAAGGGACACUAAGAUGAUGUUGAGCUACUUCUACAUAUUCUGGGAUGUAUUAUACGGUCAUUUCACCAACUUUAACUUGAUCCAGAGUGGUAUGGCCUAUAUAAUGCAUCAUAUUUAAGACUGACCAAAGUCUUCAAACCCAGUCCAAAAGAUAGUCUAUAAAAAAUAUUUUAAAAUGAUAGCUGUGUUAGAGAAUUUAAAAAUGUUAUAAAGCCAACACACUUUCUUUUUUCUUUACUACCUUUUACAUGUAUCUUUAAAAAUCUUAUAUCAUUCUAAUCUGUAUGUUACAUUACUUUAGCUUAUAUUUUUGCAGCUAAACAGCUCCUUUGGCCUAUGUUAGACACACAGGUCUAUGUACCAGUUUGACUCUAGCCGCAACUCGACACAAGGUUCUGGGGUCUUUUACGUUCCUGCGGUCGAAACAUGGCUAAUGAUUCCGUUACUGUGAUGUUGAAUGUAUGUGGGACAAUAAAAAAGAUGGGAAUAAUCAUGGAACAUGUA